UCGCAGCAAAUGUUAUCAUUUGUUGUGGAACGUGAAAUGUUACCUCAUUUCAAAAUACAAGUAAUAAAACCUUAGUUGAAACAGAGCGUAGAAGACGGAAAAAGAAGAAUCAAUGAAACGGAAAUUGCGUUUUUCCUCGCCAGUCCGAUUAAUACGUGAACGUCCUGUUGGUCUGAAAAUGAAAUGCCGAUAUGGGAAUAAAGAUAUUAGUACACCCCCGCGAUUCCCGCUGUAAUGAAAUCGUCCCGAGUUUCCGGCGCAAGAGAAGCUCCCGUGUUCAUGUAAAUGUUCAGUCGAUCUUCCCUUGGUCAUUUGCGAUGGGAAGUGGCCCUAACCGCUGGAUUUUCCUUCUUGUUUUUCAGACAACUCCCAUUCGGACCUCGCAGUCUAUUUGCUGUGCCGAGUCGUCACCUGCUGUUGUGAAGGUCUGAACAGCUUGUCGUUGACGCUGAAAAUGAGGGAGUGGAGAUGGGGACCGGCUCAGGGAGGCGGAGAUUGGGGGAGGGGCCAAGAUCAACUGGGGUGUGAGCCUGGCACAAGUCUGAAGGAAUUUUCCCAGACUCUCUCUGCAUCGCGUAUUCCGUGUUCCCUAUGGAACUUUCCGUUCUGUCAGGUGUGCAUCUAGGACGUAUCGGCUGAGCAGGAAGGAGAUUUGCCGGACGAGAUGGCGAGAUUGUUGCUGCUGCUCGCCGCUUUGCUGAGCUUUCUCGGCGGGUGCAGUGCGGGACAGAGCGGCGCGGCCAGCUUGGAGGUUACCCGGGACACGUUUAUUGGAAAGAUGGUGGCGGAAAAUUCAAAUGAAAUGGAGUUCUUGGAGGUCGGAGGAUCGCCACUCAUGAGAAGUCUAUUAUAUUUUAACGUUACUUCCAUAUUGGAAAGCAACAGCUUCAAGUACCGUUACAAUUAUAAAGACAGUCUGAAAGUGAAGCGAGCUGAGCUCAUACUCCGAUGCAGACCUUAUGUGGCUCUCGCUGGUCCCUCAGUAGAACCCCUGGAUGAAGAAACCACGGUUUUCCUAAGCAAAGUGCUACGGAGAUGGAGCAGACGAGCCACUUUUGUCAACAGGGUUUCCGGGAAGAAGUGGAAGCAGGCUUUUCUGGACACCUCAGGUCGGGCAGGAGACGCCACCCCUCCGGAUCCCCGCUUUGAGGCAAGGCUGAACGUGCGAGACUGUCAGCAGGGAUCGGGGUAUCUGCGGAUAGAGAUGGGGCAGAUUUUGCAAGAAUGGUUGGAUGGCCGGGACUCAAGUUUUGGGGUGCUCCUCUGGACUCAAGAGGUGGGGAACAUCCAGUUUUACUCGAAGGAAGACAUUCGCCCUGACAGAAGACCACAGAUAAACGCUGACAUACAAGGUUAUUGUCCUCCUGGUGGCUUUGCCUGUUAUGAUGGCAGCACAUGCCUGUCUUCAGCUGACUGCAACUUCAAGAAAGACUGCCCAGGGGGAGAAGACGAAUUCCACUGUAAUUGUGACUUUGAGAGCCCGUGUGAUUGGAUGGAGAGUUUUCUGGUUGAGGAGAUGGGCUGGAGGGUGGGCUCAGGCCUGUCUGUCAGCUCCACUCUGCCUGAGUAUGACUACACUGAGGACACAGAACAGGGCCAGUACAUGUUUGUGGAUGCCUUGGAACACAACCCGGGGUUCACAGCUGAGCUACUCAGUCCAUAUUUUGGAGAAAGUGGGCCUCAGUGUAAGCUGCGAUUUGCCUCCCAUGUGUCUGCAAACCUGACUGGUUCCCUGCUGCUACAUCUGUAUGUGGACAACACUUCCAUAGAGAUAUGGGCAACAGAGGGCCAGAAUGUAACUGUCUUAGAUCAGUGGAAAGAGGAAGAAAUCGAAUUAGGGAAAUUUGAACAGGGCUUCAGGCUGGGGUUUGAGUACAUACAGGGAGAGAGUGUUAUAGGUCAUGUGGCCCUAGAUGACAUCACUAUGGACUCAUGCUCCCCAGAUCUCCCAACACUUGCCUGUGGUGAGAAAGAGUACACCUGUCUGAAUACCCUUUGUGUCCCCUGGGACCACCUGUGUGACCUCAGCCCUGACUGUUUCUUUGGGGAAGAUGAAGGAGAGAAAUGUAGUUAUUGUCCUCCUGAUGGCUUUGCCUGUUAUGAUGGCAGCACAUGCCUGUCUUCAGCUGACUGCAACUUCAAGAAAGACUGCCCAGGGGGAGAAGACGAAUUCCACUGUAAUUGUGACUUUGAGCAGAGCCCGUGUGAUUGGAUGGAGAGUUUUCUGGUUGAUGAGAUGGGCUGGGGAGUGGGCUCAGGCCUGUCUGUCAGCUCCACUCUGCCUGAGUAUGACUACACUGAGGACACAGAACAGGGCCAGUACAUGUUUGUGGAUGCCUUGGAACACAACCCGGGGUUCACAGCUGAGCUACUCAGUCCAUAUUUUGGAGAAAGUGGGGGUCAGUGUAAGCUGCGAUUUGCCUCCCAUGUGUCUGCAAACCUGACUGGUUCCCUGCUGCUACAUCUGUAUGUGGACAACACCUCCGUAGUGAUAUGGGCAACAGAGGGCCAGAAUAUAACUGUCUUAGAUCAGUGGAAAGAGGAAGAAAUUGAAUUAGGGAAAUUUGAACAGGGCUUCAGGCUGGGGUUUGAGUACAUACAGGGAGAGAGUGUUAUAGGUCAUGUGGCCCUAGAUGACAUCACUAUGGACUCAUGCUCCCCAGAUCUCCCAACACUUGCCUGUGGUGAGAAAGAGUACACCUGUCCGAAUACCCUUUGUGUCCCCUGGGACCACCUGUGUGACCUCAGCCCUGACUGUUUCUUUGGGGAAGAUGAAGGAGAGAAAUGUACCAAGAUGCCCCCAGGAGCAAGGUGCGACUUUGAAGAUGAGAUGUGUGGAUGGUAUGAAUUGGACACUGUAGAUCAGUUUGACUGGAGCCGGCAGAACGGAACAUCAAACACUGGGCCAGCCUUUGACAACACAUUCUACCAGGAACAUGGUCAUUACAUGUACAUUGAAGCAUCGAAGUCAAGGCAAAGAAGAAAUGAUGUUGCCCUCUUGAGGAGCCCAAAGUUCCCCCCACCAGUGAAGGAGGUCUGGCAGUGCAAUUCCAGCGUCUUUGAAGAAUGUAAGGUGCGUUUCUUCUACCACGUGUAUGGGUAUCACAUUGGGCGUCUCACACUUCUCGCUGUGCACAACGGAACGGAGGAAGAGCUGUGGAGCUUGUCGCAGCAGGAGGAAGAAGGACGCUGGCUACAAAGCAGCGUUAUACUACCAAGGAUUACCAGCUGGUUCUACCUACAGUUUGCAGCUAAUAUAACUGAAGAUUGGGUGGAGGGAGACAUUGCUGUGGAUGAUGUGUCACUCAGCCCACAGUGUUUUGGACUAAUAUCCAAUCCUACCCAGUCACCAUUCACUGAUGCCUGCAUGUACGCCACCAUGGAUCCAGGUCCAGAGGUGCCCCCAGUGUACAGGUUUACAACCUGUGGUGCAAAAGGUCCCUAUGGACCAACCCAAGCCCAGUGUGACACAGAAUACAAGUACAAAACUGUGGAGGUUAUGGUACCAGGGGAGGGACCUCUCCAGGGCAUCCAGAUAUGGACCAUACCAGAAACAGAGGUGUACAGGUACAAGGGAUACCAGUCAUUACCAUAA